AAUACAAUAUCAUAAACGGUUCUUAAGUGUACAGUCGCGUGUUGUUGACAACAUCAUGCAACUUCAAACAAAGGAAUCGGGUCAAGAGGUAACAUAACUGCUUUGCCUCGCAUAAAGUGUGAAAUGCAAUAAGCUACGGAACGAAAGUUUCGGAGACUAACUUGCAUUUGCACAUUGAUCGCUGGGAAGAGCAACACUCCAAGUUGGUUUUAAGCUAUGACUUUGUAUUCACUAGGAAACGUGUAGUUUCUGUGUCAGCAUGUGAGAAAUGAACUGUCACUCACUGUGAAGAUAUACCUGCACAGGCUAACCUUUACUAUAUCGAAAUGGAGGCGCAGUCGCUGGAAUUUAAACGCCUAUUACGCUUUGAGAGUUUCAGAGAAGCUUGGUGUCAUUACGGGUAUGGUACGGACCAACAAGAGUUGAUCCAAAAAGAGUUUCACAGGAUUAAAGGUAUCACUUACCUUGACCACGCUGGGACAACACUUUUUCCAGACUCACAGAUCAAGGAAUUUUAUCAGGAUAUAUCCAGGAAUGUUUAUGGAAAUCCUCACAGUCAUAAUCCCAGCAGCAGACUGACUCAUGAUACAGUGGAGCAUGUUAGAUACAGGAUUCUAGAGCACUUUAACACCAGUCCUGAGGAGUAUUCAGUCAUUUUCACCUCUGGAUGCACUGCCGCACUCAAGCUGCUGGCUGACAGUUUUCCCUGGAGGACAGGCUCUGAUGGAGAGCCAGGGAGUCUACUCACUUACCUCACUGACAACCACACGUCAGUGGUGGGCAUUCGAGGAGUGACUGCCCCUCUGGGAGUGAUUACUCUACCUGUAACCCCAAAGGACGUAGAGUCUAGAGCUAAGAACCACCCACAAAAUGAUGCCGAAGCAAAAAAGAGCGAGCCAACACCUCAUAUUUUCUGUUAUCCUGCCCAGAGUAACUUUUCUGGGAGAAAGUAUCCGUUGAGUUACGUGAGAGGGAUCCAGUCCCGCUGUCUCUACCCAGCUUGUGACUAUGAAGGUCGCUGGUUGGUUUUACUGGAUGCGGCUUCUUUUGUGGGCUGCUCUCCCCUGGACUUGAGAGAGCACCCAGCAGAUUUUGUGCCCAUUUCAUUUUACAAAAUAUUCGGCUUCCCAACUGGACUGGGAGCCUUACUUGUCAGGAAUGAGGUGGCAGACAUGCUGAGGAAGGGGUACUUUGGAGGAGGAACAGCUGCAGCCUACCUGGCCGGAGAAAACUAUUUUGUGCCAAGGUCAAGCGUGAUUAGCAGGUUUGAGGAUGGAACUGUCUCCUUCUUCGACAUCAUCUCUCUCCAUCAUGCAUUUGACACACUCCACAGACUCACAGGAAGUAUGGUGAAGAUACAGAAUCACACAUUUGGUUUAGCUCACUACACCUACAUUGUGCUUUCAUCCCUGCGUCAUAACAAUGGUGAACCUGUGGCUCAGAUUUACUGCGAUACUGAGUUUCAAGACCCCAGUACACAGGGAGCAAUCCUCAACUUUAACCUGUUGGACAGCCACGGGAAUAUCAUUGGUUACUCACAGGUGGACAAUCUGGCCAGUUUAUUUAACAUCCAUGUUCGCACAGGCUGUUUUUGCAACACUGGGGCCUGUCAGAUGUUCUUGGGCAUUAGCAAUGAUCAGGCCAAGAAAAACCUCCAGGCUGGUCACGUGUGUGGAGACAAUAUUGACCUAAUCGAUGGACGGCCCACUGGUUCAGUCCGGAUCUCUUUUGGCUACAUGUCAACUUUUGAGGACUGUCAAGAAUUUUUAAAUUUUGUUGUGAAGUGCUUUGUAGAUAAGCCACUCAGAUUGGAUCAGGAGAGAUUGGCAAGGCUUAAAGUACCAGUACCACUCAAAGACUCAUCUCCAUGCCAGCCAACUGCAAUGCCCAAUGCACCACUAGUGCAUCAGGAGAGGGAGCAGAACUCCUCUCCAGCUCCCAUCACAGGAGCGUAUACAGAAGGAACUGUCUCUAAACCAGAUCAGAAAGCAGGGGAGGCUUACACUCUUACCAACCUUUUUAUUUACCCUAUCAAAUCCUGUGCUGCAUUUGAGGUAACAGAGUGGCCUUUGGGGCCUCGUGGUUUGCUUUAUGACAGGGAGUGGAUGUUGGUAAAUGAGAAUGGUGUGUGUUUGAGCCAGAAAAGAGAGCCCAGAUUGUGUCUGAUCCAACCCUCCAUCUGUCUGGCCACCAAAGUCCUGAGCAUACAUGCUCCAGGAAUGGACACUAUAUCCAUUCCAUUGGAAAUGGGUGAAGAGAAGACUGUCAGCACGAUGGCCUGCCAAAGCAAGGUCUGCGGUGACCGAGUUCAAACUGUAAACUGCGGGGAGAAGAUCUCAGCCUGGCUCUCAGAGUUCCUGGGAAAACCAUGUCGUCUCAUUAGGCAGAAUCCUGAUUUCACCCGCGAUAUGAAAAUGGGAUCAGGACAGGGAAACAGUCCCUCUGCCCUCUCUUUGGCAAAUGAAGCUCAGUAUCUUAUGAUCAACAAGACCAGUGUGUCUCUGCUUCAGGACCAAAUCUCCAAGAGACAGGACGAGUCAAACGGUGUCAAACCUUUUGACAUACAGGAGCUAAUUCAUCGCUUCCGUGCGAACCUGGUCAUCUCAGGGAUAACGCCGUUCGAAGAAGAUGAUUGGCUAGAUUUGACAGUAGGCAGUACAGAGUUCAAGGUGGUUGGCAAAUGUGGUCGAUGCCAGAUGAUUGGGAUCGAUCAGAGUACAGGCACCAGGACGCUGGAACCCCUCAGGUCUCUCUCAGAAUUUCGGAAUGGAAAGCUAACAUUUGGAGUUUACUUGGCUCACAAAUCGCUGAAGAAUUCCUCUGUCCUAUCAGCUGGAUCACUGAUAAGAUCAAGUAUGUUGAAAUGAGGGAAUGGUCUCUUGUCUGACCAGUCUGAUCACUUUGUGUCUACAAUGAGAUCUGGAUUCAAACACCGGAUUCACAGUGGCCUGGUCAGCAUUCCUUUCAAACCUUUCAAAAUUCAUAUUGUGCAGCCAGGCAUUGAAUUAUCUGGUGAACAUCUUUGGGGUUUAUGUGAACCAGGCCUGCCUCUUUAAUGGGGUCAAAUUACAUGUUUAGAAAUGAACUGAUAGUGAUCAUAACAAAUCGCUAAAUGAAUUGGAGGGACUCACAACUCCAAAUGCUGUAUUAUGCAAAUGAAAAAGUCGAACUGAUUUGCCUUGGAGUUUGAAUUUUAUUUAUGAUUUGUCACAGUUAUGUGCAUGUUAAUUGGAUGUAUCAAACUAUAACUCUAAGAAAGUAUUGACUACAUCAUUUUUAAGAUUUUGCUGCCAUGUGUACCCAUUAAAAUGCAUUAACAUGCAAGUCACAUGCAAGUGAUUCUUUUGUUCCAGAUUAUGUCUGAUCAUCAAGUAAUAAACAACAGUUGAAAGC